AUGGCAAGUAGACUAACUUUGACGCUUCGCGACCCUUCCCUAUUUACUUGUGAUGCUUUUAUUGACGCGGUUUGGAUUGAAAAGUCCAGACAAUUCCAGUACUUGGCCGAUUUCAAGGGAGCAAUCGAUAGUGCGGCCAAGGCACAAAUAUUCUUUUACAAAAGCACCACCAGUCCUCGACAACAGCUUCUACGAACUUGGUAUGAUGCUAUUGAGCACAAUGCUGAUGACCUGGCAACCAUUCUUUGUUAUGAUAAUGGAAAGACAUUUGCAGAAUCCAAGGCCAAAAUUCACUAUGCAUCAAGUUUCAACCAUUGGUUUUCGGAAGAAGCAUCGCGCACUUAUGGCGAUACCAUUCCUUCUAGUCAAGAGGAUACAAUUAUGAUGACAUUCACGGAGCCAGUCGGCGUUUGCGGCUUUAUUACCCUAUGGAACUUCCCUGCCGCCAUGAUGACGAGAAAGGCGGGUCCUGCGUUAGCCACAGGCUGCUCCGUAGUGGUUAAGCCGCCAUCCGAAACGCCACAUACUUGCUUUGCGCUAGUCAAAUUGGCCAUCGACAGACCGUUCGGCAUCUUUGGAGUGGGCACAAAACCCCAAAGUCGCAAAGCUCGCUUCACUGGCUCCACUGGCGUCGGUAAAAUGCUUGCAGAGUUGGCUGCAAAGACGCCCAAGGGGGAGAGCCUGGAGCUCGGAGGAAACGCACCAUUCAUUGUAUUCAACGAUGCGGACAUUGAGCUUGCGGUCGAGGGGGCUAUGAUCUGUAAAUUUCGAUGUACGGGGCAAGCUUGUGUUCGGUAUGUUGAGCGUGCUGUCUCUAUGAAGGGACGAUUCCGGCAAAGCCCUUGCCAACCGACUUAUGGUCCAAGAAGGAAUUGCCCCGAAGUUUACGGCUGCGCUGGUACUGGCGUGGAGCAGCUGCAAAUGGGGCUAGGUAUUGAGGCCGCGACGACUCAGGGUCCAUUGGUUAUUGCCACGCGGUCAGCUAAGAGGAGGAGCAUGUACAAGAUGCUGUUGCAAAACGGGUGUGUGGAGACUGGAGGCUUCCGACCAGAUCGGCCCGGAUUCUUCUAUGCACCUACUGUGGUCUCGGGUGUAACUCGCGAUAAGAAAGUCGCCAGCCAGGAGACCUUUGGGCCUUUAGCCCCAAUAGUUACGUUCAAGACUGAGGAAGAGGCAGUCCAGCUUGCCAACGUCACUAAAUUCGGACUUGCCGGGUACUUUUUCUGUCGAAACGUGGGACGGGUGCUGCGUGGCGCGUCGCGUGCAGUGCAGGAUGUUAGGUGUCAACACAGGUCGUAUCAGUGCGUGCGAAACCCCUUCGGGGGUAUCAAGGAGAGUAGGUAUGGGCGAGAAGGGAGCAAGUAUGGUAUGGAUGAGGAUCAUCAAAUUUUUAAGCCGAUUACAAUUAGGAAUACGCAGGCAUAG